CUCCAUUCUUCUUCUGUAGAGAGAGCACUGUGAUGACACUUCAACUUACCAAACAACUCCAUUGUUGAUCCGAGCACCAUAUCGAGUGUGAAUGGGAUCAGAUGCUGUGGUGAUGUAGUUGAUACCUGGAGCUACCCUAAUGGAUCGAUUAUCAGAUUGAGAGGAGACCUUCUUGUAGUUACUACCACAUCAUUGUGUGUUCAGAUGCAUUUAGAGACUGGUUCUAGGUUCAGUGAAUUCACAGUACAAGCUGAGGGUGUGUACACUUGCAACACUCGAGACUCUGAUGGCCCACAGCAAUUGUUCAUUGGCAUCUACACAACAGACAAUUAUCAAAACUCAUGUAGGUAUACUCUGUCUAUUGAUUCAUUAUGCCUCGAGGCGUAGCCGCACGAGGGAUACGGUAAAGCUGACUGUGUGUGUGUCUGUGUGUGUGUCUGUGUGUGUAUUCCAGCAGUAACUGCUCAACGGUUGCAAUGCGACGAAAACUAACAGCUUCUAUAGGCUUCUAGCCACGUUCUCUUGGAUUUUGAUUCGUGGAUUAGCAAACUAAAGCUCCUUUCUCGAGUUAUGGCUAGUUUGACUCACAUUGAAGGCUGUUGCAGUCUCUUCAGAAUCUUUCAUAGCAUCAUCUGUCUGCACAAACUUUCUAUUCAACAUAUGAGUUAGCCUUGCACUAAAGCGCUAGCUUUUUGUUAGCUACAAUACUCAGAAAAUAUCUGUUAAAACAGCUAGCUAGCAGUAGCCAUUAUUUUUUGUGAAAUUGAUCUCUUUGGACACACCCUUUAAUUAUUCCUGUGGAUGUAAUGCGCAUGCGCGCUCAUUCCCCAUGUGAGAAAUAAUAUCCAAGAUCCAGAUCUAGAUCCUCCUGGCAGAAUCAUCUUUGUCUUGAGGGCCUGGUAAGUCACAAAACACUAUCAUAUAACAAUAUAGAUAACAAUAAUUAUGCAUGUACACAGAUCUUUUCUUCUUAGAUAUUAUAUACACUGAACUGGAUCCUGGAAGAAUCAAUUUUCUUCUUUCUUGAGGUCCUGGUAAGCCACAUAAUACAAUAAAUAAUAACAACAAUAGAUGCAUAUAAAUAAGUCUUUUCUUCUCAGUGACUUUAUAUAGAUAAGCUACCUUUAAUAUAAAAUUCAUUAUAGAAACUAAUAUAACACUAUAAUACUUUUGAGCGAAAGCAAAAACAUGGCGAGAGGCAUUAGCACAGCGCCAGCUUGAACACUAGUUUGUUCAUUAACACAGCCGGACCAGUUCUCACGGACAAUGUCACAGUGGAGCUACUCUCCUCCCACGUCCACUACCCGCCCUCAUUCUCACUCCAUUGCCCCACAACCAGCUACCCUCCAACUACCGUCGUUUGGUCACUGGAUAGAGCAGGCAACAACCUUAAUCUUUUAAGCACCAACUCGUUUAGUCAGACAGACAAACUCGCAACCAAUUACAACAAUAGUUUAACAGUCAAUGAUUUCACAAUUUCAGGAAGACUAACCUUCACUUGUACUGUCACCAAUAGCAGAGGGUCAAUGAAUGCCAGCAGGACUCUACUUGUUCCGUCUGGUAUCCCUACUGAUCUAAGUGUGGAUACCCCUGGAAACAAUGAGGUGAUAGUGAAAUGGAUCCUCCUGAGAAUGUACUGGGCUACACGAUGGCCUACACCACUGGAAAUUCCACUGGCUUCAAGUUUUUUGAUGACUAUAUUGGCGACAAUGCUACAUUGAUGGACGUAAUAGCUGGUGAGAAGUAUUCCAUCAGGAUGCAGGCUUUUGGUGAUUUUGGAAUUCCCGGCCGCAACAGUAGACCAAUUGCAAUCACCCUCCGAGCUGGACCUGUCCUCUCCAUUGGUGUCACCAAUCGCUCCUCCACCAGUAUCGACGUGCAGUGGAUCAUAGUUAACACAACUGACAUCAUCACUGGUUUCCAAGUAUCUUACGCCCCCCGGAACAAUAAGUGUAUAGGGAUCAGGUCGGACAGGCAGGUGGUGGUUGGAGGGCAGGCCAGACAUCACUCUCUCACUGUGUUACAAGAAGGUGUGGAGUAUAAUAUCACUGUGCAGGCCAGAGGAGAGCAGGGCUAUGGGAAGCACUCUACUCUUAUAGUAGGAACAACCCUCGAUGCUGUGCCCACAGCUCCACCCAUGAAUGUUACUUCCGUGCUCUCAGUGUCAGGGAUAGUAGUGUCCUGGUUGAAAACUCCUUGCGAACACAUCAACUCACUGGCAGGUCUCAUUGGCUUUAUGGUGCGGUACAGACCUAAGGGUGAGGGGUGGCUGGAACCUGAGCAUAUCAACAACACAGCUGCUAGGAAUGUUAUCAUCACUACUGGAAUCAUCGUACUGGUGUAUGACUUUCAAGUGGCAGCUGUGAAUACAAAGGGUGUUGGUCCCUACAGCUCAUCAGUGACUCCCUCGGUAGUCCCAACUGAAGAGAGCGGCACAACAGAGAGCGGCACAACAGAGAGCGGCACAACAGAGAGCGGCACAACAGAGAGCAGCACAACAGAGAGCAGCACAACAGAGAGCAGCACAACCGAGACAGAGAGCAGCACAACAGAGACAGAGAGCAGCACAACAGAGAGCAGCACAACUGAGACAGAGAGCAGCACAACAGAGACAGAGAGCAGCACAACAGAGAGCGGCACAACAGAGAGCGGCACAACAGAGAGCGGCACAACAGAGACAGAGAGCAGCACAACAGAGACAGAGAGCAACACAACAGAGACAGAGAGCAGCACAACAGAGACAGAGAGCAGCACAACAGAGAGCAGCACAACAGAGAGCAGCACAACAGAGAGCAUUCUAGAUACAGGGACUGUUGCUGCUAUUGGGAUAAUCAUCGUGGUGAUCAUUCUUGUUGUGACAGUGGGAGUGAUAGCUGUGCUCUAUUGUGUGUGGAAACACAAAACAAGAGCAAUAUUUGGAAUUUAUGGUGAUCCUUCUUCAAAAAUUCCAAUGGAAGAAUGUCAAGCUUAUGCAGUACUAGCACAACAAAGAAGCGGUAGUGGAAAACCAGACCAAUCAAACGGUUCAGAAGAAGAAGAACAUGUGUAUGAGUAUAUGGACCCUUUAUGAGAAUUAUAGCAAGUCCAUCAUUUAGUUUACAGUGUUGUAUCUGUGUUUGUUUGUACAGUGAUAUCUGUUUGCAUAAUAAAUGAUGUUUCCUAUUGUUGUA